AUGUACAAGGUGCAGCUCUUGUCCUGCAUUGCACUAACUCUCGCGCUUGUCGCAAACAGUGCACCUACUUCAAGCUCUACAAAGGAAACUGAGCAACAACUGGAGCAGUUACUGCUAGAUUUACGGUUGCUUUUGAAUGGAGUUAAUAAUUAUGAGAACCCCAAACUCUCCAGGAUGCUCACAUUUACAUUUUAUGUGCCCAAGAAGGCCACAGAAUUGAAACAUCUUCAGUGUCUAGUAGAAGAACUCAAACCUGUGGAGGGAGUGCUACAUUUAGCUCAAAGCAAAAACUUUCACUUGAGAGAUAUCAAAGAAUUAAUGAGCAAUAUCAACGUAACUGUUCUGGAACUAAAGGGCUCUGAAACAAGUUUCACAUGUGAAUAUGAUGAUGAGACAGAAAACAUUGUAGAAUUUCUUAACAAAUGGAUUACUUUUUGUCAAAGCAUCUUCUCAACACUGACUUGAUAAUUAAGGGUCUACCACUGAAAUGUAUCAAGCUUUCUAUUUAUUUAAAAUAUUUAAAACGUAUAUUUAUUUUUUGGUAUAAGGUUUUCUACCUUUUGAAACUAUUAUUCUUAGUCUUCAGAUGAUAAAUAUGGAUCUUUUAAGAUUCUUUUUGUAAGCCCUACGGGCUCUAAAAAAUGCACUUAAAUUAUUUAACCCAAAGUAUUUAUUUUUAUAUUGAAUUGUUAAAUAUAAUGCCUAUGUAGAGCAGUUAAUAAAAUUAUUUAAUAAAGUUGAUGAAUUAAAGCAACACCAGAUAUUUGUUAUCCUGGGAACAGUACAGAGUAAGCACUAAAAUAUAUCUGAACUACUCAUGUGCACUCAAAUAAAUGGUUAAGAUGCUCAUGAAAGUCAUUCUUUCCCUGGAAAGGUAUGUGGGCUAUGGCAAAUGGGCUUCUCAAAGCUCUUGUUUUCUCCUUUCAUGAGCUGAUCAGAUCCUUAUUCCUGAGAAAAACUCAUCAAAUUACACUCUUUUCUUCCUCUAGGAUAUGCCUUAAAUUUAAACAAGAUGCCCAACACAAACAUCCUUGAAAUUCUUCACAGAGUUGGUGUAUCUUUCUAUCCAUUUUCCAAUAUCUUACACCUUGUUUUCUCUCAAGAGGCUCACCUGGUAUGACCUAGAUCAAAGGCCUCCCUGCCCUCUGGCUUUCCACUGGGUCCUGCCACUGGGGAGCCAUGUGAGGAUGUCUGAGGGACAGAAGGGAUUCCCCUGACUCUCCCUGUGGAGUAGCCUCCAGAUGGAUGACUAUGCCUCUCAACCAAAGAACCUAGCUUCUUUCAAGGUGACUCUCUUGAGACUUUUUCCUUCUGCAUUCUGCCAGUGUUUCCUUCCACUCUUCCCUUCAAGCCUAGGGAUAUAACACUUCAACUGUUCCAGAGUAUUGAAUAAUCCCUUGCAGUUUCUCUGUACCCUGACCACAGCUUUGUAAAUCAUCUCUUUAUUAGAUCCUUCUUGAAUUAUACUGAGCAUACCAUUUAUUUCCUGACUCACACACAGU